CAGUUAGAUUCCAACGAACAGUUCGCCAUCAUGCUGUUUAGUCUGAAAUCUCGAGGAAUAUCUUGACUCAGACUCUGAAUUUGAUUUCCUAGACUAAUCAUAUCCAUAACCCAUGAUUCUGCAGGUUUACUAUGUUACUCAACAUACGGCGUGUCUAACCACGGAAUAUCAUAUGACACCAUAACUGACUGAAGACCUCAAACUGAAGCGAGGAUGUUUCACACCUUUCAAAUGCGGGGGAUGAGAGACCACCACUCAUGCAGAGAAAACCGCAACAAGAAGCGGUAUGGAAACCAGGCAGACAAACAAAGAGGAAAUCAACCAUGGUUGAUAUCAUUGAUUGCUAAGACAGCUGCUCGUGACUUCCCGAGCUUAUGUACUCCAUCCUCAUCAUAGUACUUCAACAACACUAACCGCCAUGACUGGUCCAUACUACCUACAAACAGCAACAGCGAUAAUAUCCUUACCCCAAUUACUCUUAAAAUAUCUAUAUUCUUAACUAGAGUACACACUGCUGAGAAGCGACUGAUUCAAUGAUGACCCUGCGACGCUCCGCUCGUCUAACCGCAGCGUCAGUGUCCAAGAACAACAGCACCACCACCACUGUCCCACAUCUGCAACCCAGAACUCAAACAAAGAGAGCAGCCAGCAGAACCACAAACGGUGUCUCAAAGACACGAAAGCCUGCUGCAGCGGCAGCAAGGGGCAAGAAAGCGCAGCUAAAUUCGAUUCUCAAACUUGACCAAGCUCCUCCCCUCACAGAUUCGCCAACAUCAUCAUCACGCUCAAACAACAGCAGACAAUCACCCAAUACUAGUACUACAGCCACUACUAACAACAUCUGGGACCCCAUCCCCACCCCCACAGUUCACACCUCCAGCAGCAGAACGACCCCUCCCCCGCUCGACCGACCGGUCGAACCGCACCACACCAACGCAACGCUCCUCACCCCCCAUGGCUCAUCGCUAGUUGCAUACCCCCCGGGCACAGAUGCGGACGCAUCACCAAGCAAGACAGGCCGGCCCCGUCCCACCGCCACAACAGGCACGCUUCUCGAGAAAGCAGCCGCACACCUGAUCGCCACGGAUCCGCGUCUGGAAUCGCUCAUCCGCGAACAGCCCUGUCCGUUGUUCACGCCGGAGGGCCUAGCCGAGGAGAUCGACCCGUUUCGGAGCCUUGUUAGUAGUAUCAUUGGACAGCAGGUGUCAGGAGCAGCGGCGAAGUCGAUUAAGGAUAAGUUUGUGGCGUUGUUCAAGACAAAUAAUAAGGAUGAGGAUGGUACGAGACCGAGCUUCUUCCCUACCCCGGAAGAAAUUAUCAAGAUGGAUAUCAGCACGCUCCGGACAGCAGGUCUGUCCCAGCGCAAGGCGGAAUACAUACAUGGGUUAUCGGAGAAGUUUGCCAACGGGGAACUGAGUGCCCGGAUGUUAUUGAAUGCUAGUGACGAGGAACUCGUUGAGAAGUUGACUGCUGUGCGGGGCUUGGGCAAAUGGUCUGUUGAGAUGUUUGCUUGUUUUGCUCUGAAGCGGAUAGAUGUGUUUUCUACGGGUGAUUUGGGUGUACAGAGAGGUUGUGCGGUAUUUGUGGGCAAGGAUGUAAACAAGUUGAAGGGAAAGGGCGGCGGUAAGUUCAAGUAUAUGCCUGAAAAAGAUAUGUUGGAGCUGGCGGCGAAGUUUGCUCCGUAUAGGAGCUUGUUCAUGUGGUAUAUGUGGCGGGUGACGGAUGUUAAUAUUGCUGUGUUGGGUGGGUAGAUUACAACUAUAUACAGACAGGAUAUAGAACCAGACAUCCGAUAGGUAUAGUGGGUAGAGCUACUAUAUGUACAUUACACAGAAGGUGUGGAACGUAUAUAGGUUCUAUACCGGGCAUGUAUCAUGAACCACGCAUAAGCUGAAAGCUACAAGCCAACUAGAGAACGAUGACGAGUGAAUUUGUACAGUAUCAGUACACGUGAUUGAGCACCAUAAAUCAAAAGCUUCAAUUAACAACCAGCCAAAUGCUCUCUCUCUCCUCCCUCUCUUCUUCGCAGCAUGCCCGCCGAGCCGAGCCGGGACAGCAAGUUCUCUCUGAUACUUAGUAUUCCCGCCCGUCUAUAAAACCCCAGCGGCAUUUUUGUAUACCGUAACAAAAGUAAUCUAGUUCAGCGAAGCCAGAGACAUAAUCUACCGUCUGACGACAAGGGCGUCGAGGUCUUCACGCUCCUGCUUCUCCUUCUCGAUCUCGCGGAUGAUGGGGCUCAGGUACUCGACAUCCUGGGGACGAUGACAGUUAGCAUCCACCACACGAAUAUGGUCUUAAACGCGUCAAAUAAUAUAUCAGGGACAUCAAUAUAUCAAGUCCAGUCAACAUAAGCAUCGAUAUGGAGUAACCCAGGUGGGUUACAAAUCCCGCUCACGGGAUUGGCCGAUGCGUUUUUGCGGAGAAACUGAACGGACAAUUGACGGAUUGAAGAACGCGGAAAUCGACUCACCUCCUCGGGCUUGGUCUGCUCA